AUGAACCGCAAACGUGAGUGGGUCACGAGUCAACAGCUACGUGCGUAUGAGAGUGAACCCUCUACAUCUACUGACCAAUACGACAGUAGCUCAGAAGCUGGUGAAGUGAUUGAAAAUGAAAUGAAGCGGUUGCGUGUAGCUUACAAUUACGACGGUGCCCAUGGAGUACGAUGGGCAGGCGAAGCCAUCGUAAUGGACACGGAUAUGGAAAUUCCUCGUGCAAAAGCUGUACGCAGUACCUAUGCUGAAGUCAAUACGAUGCUACGAGAAUUUCACUACUUGCGGCAGCUACGCAAGUUCCAGGCAGAAAGAGGACGAGCUCGAGCCAUGUACUUCAUGGACAAGACCGACACAAAUGCAGCCACGUGA